AUGGCCGCCGCCGCAGACUCUCCGCCUCCGCCACCGCCACCGCCUUCACCCGCACAAACCAAAUCCGACCAGAUUAACAAGCCGCCGCCGACAAAACCGGCUCCUCCAACCAGAACUUACGUCUUCCAGCUACCGAGAGAGCACAUCUUCCGCCAUCCGCCGCCGGAGAACGCCGCAAAAUACGAGAAGCUCCGCCGCGAUGAAGAGCGCCGUAACCGCCUCCGCAGAUGCUGCCUCCUCCUCCUCUUCCUCCUGAUCAUCAUCCUCGCCGCCGCCGUCGCGGUCUUAGCGAUCCACUAUGUCCUCCUAUUCCAAUCGCCGAGCUUCGAAGUGACCGAAAUCGCCGUGCGCGGAUUGAAUCUAACCUCCGAUGCGCCGAUCUCGCCGGAAUUUGACGUCACCGUCAGAGCCCUAAACCCUAACCGCAAAAUCGGAAUCCACUAUCUGAAGGAGAGCUCCGUGGAUGUCUACUGCGACGGAGUUGUGCUCGGCCACGGCGCUUUGCCGGAAUUCUACCAGCCGAGGAAGAACGCGACGACGGUGAGGGCGACGGCGGCGGAUUCCUCCGUCAUUCUCGGCAGCGCCGUUAAAACGGAGUUAAGCAGUGCGCAGAGGCGCGGGAGAGUGCCGUUAGUUUUGACGGUGGAAGCGCCCGUUAAGUUUGAAGUUGGGUUCUUUAAUUCGUGGUGGGUGAUCACAGCCAAGGUGAAGUGCGACGUCGUUUUGGACGAGUUGAGUGAUAAAGCGCAAAUUGUUUCUAAGCAUUGUGAUACAGACCUACACUUUUAGCACAGAUAGAAGCAAUUCAAAUUCAUUUUUUGUUAGCUUAAU